AUGAAGCUUGAUCUCUUGCCGGAAGAGUGUAUAGUUCAUGUCCUCUCUUGUCUGUCUCCUCGAGAUGCAUGUCAAGCGUCGCUCAUCUCAUUAGAGAUUCGGGAUUUCGCUAAAUCAGAUGUCUUGUGGGAGAAAUUUCUGCCACCCGAUUAUCGGGAAAUUAUGUCAAGACUUGUUUUCCUGUGGCAUUUACAUCCAAAAAAGAGUUGUUUCUCAAGCUCUCGAGUCCUCUUCUCAUUGAUGGGGGUAAUAAGAUUCCCUGAAGUUGCUGAGCUCAAAAUGGUUUGUUGGCUAGAGAUUUAUGGAAAGAUAAACACCCGGAUGUUGUCACCAAAUACAGUUUAUGUAGCCUGCCUCAUUGUAAAAAUUGCUGAUCGUGCUUAUGGGCUAGACUCCCUCCCUUCCGAGGUGUCAGUUGAAGUUGGAGACUACCGAUCACGAGGGUUAAUAUAUCUGCGGAAAAAUAAUUGCUGCAAACGAUCACUGGAGAGCAAUCUUAUUCCGAGUGGGAUUGAAGCAUUGCGAACCAGUGUUUCCGUAGGGGAAGAGCAAGUUCAUUGUGAGCGAGAAGACGGAUGGUUAGAGAUUGAACUGGGUGAAUUCUACAACGAUGGAAGUGAAAGAGAGGUGAAAAUGAGCCUAAAAGAGGUUGAGGUGAGCAUCUGA